CACGCUUGGUAGGUACUCAGUUUGAUGACUGGUCACGAUCUAACUUUUUGUCAGUUUGAAACAAGUACAUGUUUCCGAAACUGCAUCCUGCAUCUGGCUCUGUGACAUCCGUGUUUCUCUUGACACAUUACCAGUACUUAACCUGCGGUACUGGGUAUAGAACUUCACCACUUGAUCUCAGUACUCCCAGAGUCGAUCAGCCUAAGCACUUUCCUUCCGCAGCAUCGGCAUAUCUACUCAUCAGGUACAAUGACUCCCACGGGUUUUAUCAUAUCAUUGGUUCUUCUUGGAGUUCUUUCCUUCAGCCGAGUGAAUGCGCAAGGCCCAACGAUAGCACCGAUACCGAGUCCAGUCCCAAUCGCUGAUCCUAGCGUGGCUCCCAUUUCAGCGCCGUCAGUGUCACCACCUGUCCCAGGAGUGGCACCAUCACCCCCUGCAUCUGGUCCAGCUCCGUCCAGUGGAACUCCAGGUCCAACUCCUGCUUCUCCGAUGGCACCAGCACCUGGGCCCAACGGACAAAGUGCUGGAGUGGUGUUAAGCCCAGCUGUAUGGACAAGCUUUGUGGUGGCCACGCUUGUAGUGGCAACGAUGGCUUGAUAAGCAACAAGCACGGCAUUGAUGAAUACAGACGUGCCAUAUUCAUCAGUAAGACCGGAUGAGUGAUACUGUGGUUCAUAGCUGCAGCGUUUGUACUUCUAGUGAGUCCAGAGUGUCGGGAGACCUCUGAUAUAAGUGUUUUAGUUCAGAAGGUCUCAAGAAUUCGAAGGAGAGAUGAUCCUCCUCAUUUCUCAAUAACUGGAAGCAAAACUAGGAUGGGAGUGGAAGAUUCAAUUCAGCAAUAAUAUAGAAUUCAUGUAUCUGCGCAAAGGCAGUAGCAAAGUUUAUGCACGUGAUCCGAUGCAGAAAGAAGAAUGGGGAUAAUCUGCCAUCUUCAGCCAUGUUCCAGCUGUACCUUGAUGACUAUUAACAACUCCUUAGAUAUGUCUUGAGA